UGAGAACCUCUAGGCUGGGGUGGGGGUCCUCUUGACCUGCCUACGCAAGAGUCCCUGCCCAGGACAGAAGCCGCUGUCCGUGUCUGCCCUUCCCCUUCGGGGGCUGUGUACACAGUGUGUUUUGGGGUCCUUGGAGCCUGAUUGCCUUGGGAGUCUGGGCCUCGACCUCCCCUUCUGAUCCCAACCAGAUAAAGAACUAAAGUACAGAGUGGCGCCCCUUCUCCCACCUGAGGACCCCCAACCUGGCGGGGUCCCCUCAGCGCUCCUCCCUGGAGGACCUCGGCGCCCCCUCGACUGCCGCCCGCGCAGGUCUCCCUGGACCAGGGGGCAGUUGAACCAGUCUCCUUGGUUUGAGGUCGCUCAGACUGAUUUUCCUCAGAUAGGAAAGUAAUUCGCAAAGACAUGCGACAACUGGAACAUUGUGAAAUACCGUCAGUGCCCCCACUUCCCCCCGAGAGGGAUAACUUUGAUCUCCUGCCCUUGGGGACUUUGGGAAUGGACAGAUAGGCCCGGGAGAGCCAGGAGAUGUUUUCCCCCAGGAAGGGCCCUUGUGGGGUAGGGGGUUCCAGGUUUGGAACAGUAUUGAGAUGCUGCGAGGGAUGGGUUUCGGGCCUUUAUAUCGCAGAAGGCUGUCUAAUCAGAAUCUCUUGUCUGACAGAACCUGCUGGGACUGCAGCACAUCUCCAGGCAGUUUUUUCUGCAAGUGUAUUACACUUUCCACAACAUCGGAGAGACCAGGUACUGGCUGGCUGUGUUUCUCCCCACACCCCCAUAAGGUGGGCGAUGCGGUGCUGGGACUGGUCUGCAUGCUGCUGCUGCUCGUGCUAAAGCUGAUGCGGGACCACGUGCCUCCCGUCCACCCCGAGAUGCCCACUGGCGUGCGGCUCAGCCAUGGGUUGGUUUGGACUGCCACCACAGCUCGCAACGCCCUGGUGGUCUCCUUUGCUGCCCUGGUCGCAUACUCCUUCCAGGUGACUGGAUACCAGCCUUUUGUUCUAACUGGGAAGACACCCGAGGGGCUCCCUGAUGCCCACAUCCCUCCCUUCUCAGUGACCACUGCCAACGGGACGAUCUCCUUCACCGAGAUGGUACAGGGCAUGGGGGCCGGGCUGGCCGUGGUGCCCCUGAUGGGUCUCCUGGAGAGCAUCGCAGUGGCCAAAUCCUUUGCUUCUCAAAAUAAUUACCGUAUUGACGCCAACCAGGAGCUGCUGGCCAUCGGCCUGACGAACAUCCUGGGCUCCCUCUUCUCCUCCUACCCGGUCACAGGCAGCUUUGGCCGGACGGCUGUGAAUGCCCAGUCAGGGGUGUGCACCCCAGCAGGGGGCCUGAUGACGGGAGCCCUGGUGCUGCUGUCACUCGACUACCUGACCUCACUCUUCUACUACAUCCCCAAGUCUGCCCUGGCUGCUGUCAUUAUCAUGGCCGUGGUCCCCCUGUUCGACACCAAGAUCGUGGGGACGCUCUGGAGAGUGAAGAGGCUGGACUUGCUGCCUCUCUGCGUGACGUUCCUGCUCUGCUUCUGGGAGGUCCAGUACGGCAUCCUGGCAGGGACCCUGGUGUCCAUGCUGAUUCUCCUGCACUCCGUGGCCAGACCCAAGAUACAGGUGUCAGAGGGCCCGAUGCUGGUCCUGCAGCCGGCGAGCGGCCUGCACUUCCCUGCGAUCGAAACCCUCCGGGAGGCAUUACUGAGCCGGGCUCUGGAAACCUCCCCGCCACGCUCUGCAGCCCUGGACUGCACCCACAUCUGCAACAUUGACUACACGGUGGUGCUGGGGCUCGGGGAGCUCCUGGAGGACUUCCACAAGCGGGGCGCCACCCUCGCCCUCAUUGGCCUACAGGUCCCCGUUCUCCGUGUCCUGCUGUCAGCUGACCUGAAGGGCGUCCUGUACUUCUGCACCCUGGAAGAAGCAGUGUUUGGAAACCUUGUGUUUUCUGCAGAGAAAUACCUGAGGCAAGAACCAGGGACCCAGCCCUACAAUGGCAGCGAAGACUCUGUUCCGGAACACAAGAUCGCCCUGCUGAAGGCCUGAUUGGGCUGCCGGUGGGUGCCCGACGUCAGAGGGUCUCACGGAAGGUUCUGGUCCCUGUGAUGCCAGAUGCCGCCUUGCAGAUGGAUCUGAGAAGCCUGAGUGGGUGUCCCAGAGGAGGGGGAGGGCAACUGCGUGGGGGUCCACAGGUGGGACUCAUCCCUUCCUCUGAGAUGAUUGAAAAAGUACCUCCCUGCUCUUCCUGGUAUGCGAACUCUUUUUUUAAAGAGUGAUUUGGAGAACAUUGAGAAAGGAAAGGGCAGGGAUUUCAACCUGGUCUAGGACAGCAGACCUCUCGCCCCAGCUCCUUCCUGGAUUUCAGGGGACAUGGGGAGGGCGGGCAUUUCUCAGGUGGGUUCCCUUCUUGAUGGCGGCGGCUGAGCUGUUGUUGGGAGGAAAACCAAGGUUUGCCAAACGACUUAAAGUGUCUAUUAAAAAUAACUUCGUUGUGUUUUCUAAAUUAAAAUAAGUAAUAGCUUUGGUGUUUUUGUAAAAACCAUAAAUGCUUAUUGUAAAAACUACAGGUAACCAUCCCCCCCCCAUCCACUUUGGUGAUAGCUCCACACCUCCUCCCUCCAGUACACGUACAUGUGUGUACGUUAGCAUGUGGGUGUGUGUUUACAGUCAUGUAAAUGGGAUCAUUUCAUCCAUGGUGCUCUGUGACCCACAUUUUCAUGAGGUCAUUGCUGUGAAUUAUUUGUUGUGAUAAUAAACAGAAUACAUGGUUA